AUGGCCUUCGGCACUCUCUUCACCUACGCGGACAACCCCCGCUCCACCGCCAUCAAGGCGGUCGCGAAGGCCAACGGCCUCGACCUCAAGAUCGUUGAGGCCGAUACCACCAAGCCCAGCAUCGAGCACCUCAAGGCCCACGGCCUUGGCAAGAUCCCUGCUUUCCUCGGCGAGGAUGGCUAUGCCCUGUCUGAGUGCAUUGCCAUUGCCAUCUACGUCACCUCCCAGAACGAGAAGACCACCCUCCUCGGCAAGACCAAGCAGGACUAUGCCUCUAUCCUGAAGUGGAUGUCCUUCUUCAACUCCGAGUUCGUCCCCAACUUCGGCAACUGGUUCCAGCCCCUUGUUGGCAAGAUCCCCUACAACAAGAAGACUGUCGAUGAUGCCUCCAAGGCUGUUGCCAAGGCCACCACCGUUGUCGAGAAGUACCUCACCCGCCACACCUACCUGGUUGGUGAGCGCAUCACGCUGGCCGAUCUCUUCUGCGCCUCGCUCCUGCACCGUGGCUUCCAGUACUUCUUCGACAAGGAGUGGCGCUCGCAGAACCCCGCCACCACCCGCUGGUACGAGACCGUCGUCAACCAGCCCAUCAUCACCGAUGUUGCCAAGCCGCUUCCCUUCCUUGAGAAGCCCGCCUUGACCAACACUCCCCCCAAGAAGCCCGAGCAGCCCAAGGCCGCCCCCAAGCCCGCUGCUGCCCCCGCUGCCGCCGCUGAGGAGGAGCCCGCCGCCCCCAAGGCCAAGCACCCCUGCGAGGCCCUCCCCAAGGCUUCUUUCCCCCUCGAUGAGUGGAAGCGUCACUUCUCCAACAACGAGACCGACGAGGCCCUCAAGUGGUUCUGGGCCAACGUUCCCCUCGAGGAGGAGUACUCCAUCUGGCGUUGCGACUACAAGUACAACGAUGAGCUCACCCUGACCUUCAUGUCCAACAACCUCAUCGGUGGCUUCAACACCCGCCUGGAGGCUUCCCGCAAGUACAUCUUCGGCAGCGCUUCCGUCUAUGGCGAGAGCAACGACUCCGUCAUCCAGGGUGCCUUUGUCAUCCGUGGCCAGGACCACGUCGGCGUCUUCGACGUCGCUCCCGACUGGGAGAGCUACGAGUUCAAGAAGCUCGACCCCAAGAACGCCGAGGACCGUGCUUUCCUCGAGAACAUGUGGUCGUGGGAGAAGGGCGUUGUCGUCAACGGCAAGGAGUACGCCCACGCCUGCGGCAAGGUCUUCAAGUAA